AUGGAAGGUAGCACAGUAAUUAGGGAACCAAUUGGAAUUAGAAUGUUGAACACUGUGUGUAAGCAGCAAAUUUGCUCCAGGGUAACCAAUAGGAGGAUAAAUUUUAUAGUUGAUAACAGAGAGACCGGCACCAUAAUGGAUGAUUCCAAUUCUAAUGUUGAGGAAGGAAAACAAGAAAAAGAUCGCAGCUGGCUCAUGUCAUCACUUCAUCAAAUUUAUAGUCGGAGAUACCUCCUUAGAAGAAGUGCUCUGGAGUUAUUUAUGGUGGACCGUUCGAACUUCUUCAUUGAUUUCGGGAAUGGUGAAGGGCGCAGAAAUGCAUAUAGGGCAAUUGUUCAAGCACGACCUCCGCAUUUAAACAAUAUAUAUUUGGCUACUCAGAGGCCUGAACAACUUUUGAAGAGAAUUCAACUCAUGGAACGCUGGACUAGGUGGGAGAUCAGUAAUUUUGAAUAUCUAAUGCAACUCAAUACACUGGCUGGGCGCAGUUAUAAUGAUAUUACCCAGUAUCCUGUUUUUCCCUGGAUUCUUUCUGAUUACAGUUCAGAGAGCUUGGAUCUUUCUAAUCCCUCUUCUUAUCGAGACCUUUCAAAGCCUGUUGGUGCUCUCAACCCUGAUCGACUGAAUAGAUUUCAAGAGAGAUAUACUAGCUUUGAUGAUCCAGUCAUCCCCAAAUUCCAUUACGGAUCACACUACUCAAGUGCCGGAACAGUUUUGUAUUAUCUUGUUAGGGUUGAACCGUUCACUACUCUUGCAAUCCAACUGCAAGGUGGAAAAUUUGACCAUGCAGAUAGGAUGUUUUCUGAUAUAUCUGCUACUUGGAAUGGAGUUCUUGAGGACAUGAGUGAUGUAAAGGAAUUGGUUCCUGAGCUGUUUUACCAACCUGAGGUCCUCACAAAUGAAAAUUCAAUUGAUUUUGGCACAACACAAACGGGAGGAAUGCUUGAUACUGUAAAGCUUCCUGCUUGGGCUGAAAAUCCAGUUGAUUUUAUUCAUAAGCAUCGGAAGGCUCUAGAGAGCGAGUAUGUAUCUGCUCAUUUGCAUGAGUGGAUUGACCUCAUAUUUGGGUAUAAGCAACGGGGUAAGGAAGCUGUUACAGCAAAUAACGUUUUCUUUUACACUACAUAUGAAGGGACAGUGGAUCUUGAUAAAAUCUCUGACCCAUGCUUGAUGAGGAUGAGGAUUAAUCCUAAGCCAUUGAAAAUGACGAGCCAAUUGCCCACUAGUGUUAGACUUUCAGUUGAAUGGAAGGUUCUAUACUCUUUAGAGCAGUACAUGUUGAUGACCACCCAUUGGUCCUUGGCUCCUCCAGAAACCCCCGCCCCAAUCCACUCUGUUAUUAUGACAGACUCAUGCACCAAACAGUCUCUCUUUGUGUAUUCAGUACAACAGCGUGCUAUACAAGAUCAGAUUGCUUAUUUUGGACAAACACCGUCCCAACUUCUGACUGUUCCUCACUUGAAGAAAAUGCCAUUAGCAGAAGUUCUGCACUUGCAGUUUGGUGAAUUUGUUUGGAACGAUGAUGCAUUUGAUUGUAAUGCAGCAAAUAGUUUGAAAGUGUUUCAAUGGCACAACUCUUGGUUUCAAAUUCUCACUUCUAUGUUUGAUUUGAUUAAUUGGAGUACAAUGAUUUUCAAUGCUCUUUCAUGCAUUCAGAGCAAGACAAUAUUCCGUAACCCAAAAGAAGUCAAACCAUAUGCUGUUCCAUCCCCAGAACGCUGCAAUCUUCCUGCAUCUGCUAUUCAUGCAUCUUCAGAUACAGUUGUGGUUGUUGAUAUGAAUGCACCGGCAGCUCAUGUAGCACAACACAAGUGGCAACCCAAUACACCUGAUGGCCAGGGUACUCCUUUCCUCUUUCAACAUAGAAAAGCUACAUUAGCCUCUGCUGGUGGUACUAUUAUGCGCAUGUUCAAAGCACCGGCUGCAUCUGCUGUAGAGUGGCAAUUCCCCCAAGCAGUAGCAUUUGCUGUCUCAGGAAUUAGAAGUCAAGCUAUUGUUUCAAUAACAUGCAACAAAGAAGUUAUUACUGGUGGGCAUGCUGAUAGUAGUAUUAGGCUAAUAUCCUCAGAUGGAGCUAAAACGUUAGAAACAGCUUAUGGGCAUUGCGCUCCUGUAACUUGCCUUGGUCUUUCACCUGAUAGUAACUACCUAGUGACAGGAUCCCGAGACACAACAGUAUUACUCUGGAGAAUACAUAGGGAACUUGCAUCACACGCAAGUGUCCUGUCAGAACAUUCCACUGGGACUGGCACAUCAUCUUCAACCAGUAAUGGUUCAUUGCACCUGUUAGAAAAAGACCAAAGACGAAGAAUUGAGGGUCCUAUACAUGUACUUCGGGGCCACCACAGUGAGAUACUUAGUUGUUGUGUUAACUCGGAUCUUGGAAUGGUUGUUUCUUGCUCCCAUUCACCAGAUGUCCUCUUGCACUCUACAAGAAGAGGGCGUUUAAUUAGAAGGCUGGAUGGUGUGGAUGCCCAUACUGUCUGCCUUUCCUCUGAAGGGGUUGUAAUGACUUGGAAUGAAUCUCAGCAUACUCUAAGUACUUUUACACUCAAUGGUACACCGAUUGCAAGAGCACAACUAUCUUUCUUUUGCAGUAUCAGUUGCAUGGAAAUUUCUGUUGAUGGGAUGAGCGCUUUGAUUGGAAUAAAUUCCCUUGAAAAUGGUAGACCCUACAUCAACAGUCCAAAUUCUCAAUUGAACAAGUCAAGUGUCGUUGAUUUUGAUUCAGAGUCAGAAGAAACUUUUGAAAACACUGGAAUAGAUGUUCCAUCACCAUCUAUUUGCUUCCUGGAUAUGCACACGCUGGAGGUAUUUCAUGUAUUGAGGCUGAAAGAAGGGCAGGAUAUCACAGCUCUGGCUCUCAACAAGGAUAAUACAAAUCUUUUGGUUUCAACUUUGGAUAAACAAUUGAUAAUCUUCACGGACCCAGCUUUAAGCUUGAAAGUGGUCGAUCAAAUGCUCAAGCUUGGCUGGGAAGGUGAUGGGCUUCAGCCUCUCAUAAAAUCAUAG